CGUUCCGUCUCGCCCUGCCAGGCCCCUGCGCUCCAUCGCCUUGGAUGCCGACGGGCACGAGCUGAGCAGGACAUGAUGCACUUAAGGAUUAUCGGCUGAAAGGGCAAAGUCGCCUGGCCCUCCGUUUUCACGUUCUUUUCCCUUCUCGUUCCGUCUUUGACUCAAGACCGGUCGGGUUCGAUAUCCUACGCCUGCUCCCCUCUCCACCCUUCGUCUCUCUCGCCGGUCCCGGCUCUCUGCUUGCCAUCCGCGUUGCAUCUGGAAUCACUCGUCGCGAAAAGACGCUCGUCUAUCAGCGUGUAAACUACAUCGAACAUGUCGAGAUCGAGAGACAAGAAGCCUGUGGGCUUUGGUACCCACAUCACCGCGGGAGGCAUCGCAGGCGCGAUGGAGGCGCUCUGCUGUCAACCCCUCGACACCAUCAAAGUGCGCAUGCAGCUCUCGCGUUCAGGACGCGCACCAGGCACAAAAGCGCGCGGCUUCAUCGCGACGGGAGCGCACAUCGUGCAGCGCGAGACCGCGCUCGCGCUCUACAAGGGCCUCGGCGCGGUAUUAACCGGUAUCGUCCCCAAGAUGGCGAUCCGCUUCGCGUCGUUCGAGACGUACAAGGGUUGGCUGGCGAACAAAGAGACGGGCGUGACGAGCGUGGGGAGCAUCUUCCUCGCGGGCCUUGGUGCGGGCACGACAGAAGCCGUGCUGGUCGUGACCCCGAUGGAGGUUGUCAAGAUCCGGCUGCAGGCACAGAUGCACUCGCUCGCGGACCCGCUCGAAGCGCCACGGUAUCGCAACGCAGGGCAUGCAGUGUACACCAUCGUCCGUGAAGAGGGCGUGCGCACGCUCUACCGCGGGGUGUCGCUAACCGCGCUCCGGCAGGCGACGAACCAAGGCGCGAAUUUCACGGCGUAUCAGGAGUUGAAGAAGUUCGCGCAUCGGCUGCAGCCGGAUCUCGUCGAGCUGCCUUCGUACCAGCACAUGUUCAUCGGACUCGUCUCCGGCGCCAUGGGCCCCUUCUCCAACGCGCCCAUCGACACUAUCAAGACGCGUCUGCAAAAAUCCGCAUUCCCACCCGGUACAUCGGCCGCGCGGCGCAUCGCGGCGAUCGCGAGCGACAUGUGGCAGCAGGAGGGCACGCGCGCGUUCUACAAGGGCAUCACGCCGCGCGUGCUGCGUGUCGCGCCCGGCCAGGCUAUCGUGUUUGCGGUGUACGAGCGCGUGCGCACGUGGAUAGAGAGGGUGAAGGUCGAUGGGGAGGAGGAGCGGUAUAGCGAGUGA